AUGGCGGUAGGAUCUCUAAAAGAGUUGAAAAAUGUUGAAGUGCACCAUGAGGAUUAUACUAUGCUCUACAUUUUACCGAAGGAAAAAGCAUUAGAAUUCGAUUUACAACCGCCCAAAAAAAUUCGUUUAAAACCGAUAAACAAAUUUUCCGAUUAUAAAAAAGCGUUCGGUUUAUGGUCAGCCAGAAAGCAAAACUCUAUUGAGUUUUUUGAGCGCGUUGCAAAAUACAAUCCAAAUGUUGGUGCUUUUCUAGAGGAUAACACUUUAGUAUCAUUUUUUGAAAAAAAUGACAGAAAAGAUUUGCCGCUUCUAAAAAGUUUGUAUGCUCGUGUUGCAACGACAUUGAGAACAGCUCUAAAACAGAAAAAUGUUGAAGUUUCUGUUGAUGUUUCGAAUCGGAUGUAUACAUUACCAAAAGAAAAGGCAGUGGAAUUCGAUGUACAAUCACCCAAAGAAAUUUGUCUGAAACCGAUAACAAAGUUUUCUGAUUAUGAAAAGGCUUAUGAAGUAUGGCCAUCGCGAAAAAUAAGUUCUGUUAAGCUUAUCGAACGCGUUGCAAAAUACAAUCCAAAUGUUGGAGCUUUUCUAGAUGAUACUAUGGUAUCGUGGGUGUUUAGGUUUCCCAGUGGACUUCUAAUGGCACUGCAAACUGAUGAAAAAUAUUUCGGAAAGGGUUAUGGGCAAUUGGUAGUGAAAGCAAUUUCAAAACAAGUUGCUUGCGAUUGGGGUCAUGAUAUUUGCGCUGGCAUUUUCGAUCAAAAUGUAGCAUCGAAAUCGUUAUUUGGUAAACUUGGCUUCAAACCAGCUCCAGAGAAAGUUCAUUGGCUUUCCACAAGAAAAACUUGGACUGAUCAAGAAGAUGAUCGAAACCGCGCCUACGCCGAUACACUGAAUCCAUCACAUGACAAUCUUUUUCGCUUAUUGCAACUAAUUGAUUAUUCGACGGGAUACAGAUUUUUGGGUAUUCGCCCCGAAAUUCAUCCGAUUUUAGUUGAGGCGCUAAGAAAUGCAAAUGUUGAAAUUAUGUCAGAUAAUGUGGCAAUACUGUAUCAUUUACCGAAAGAAGAAGCCCUCAAAUUUAAUGUGAUACCACCAGAACAUGUAAAAUUACGUUCAUUAACUGAAAUGGAUGAUUUGGAAGAAGUGAGCAAAAUGUGGCUUCAUCAAGAUUCGUGCGCAGUACCUUACGUUCAUAGAUUGGUUAAAUAUAAUACCCAAGUGGAUGCUUUCCAUAAUAAUACUUUGGUAGCUUGGAUAUUUCGUUUACCUAUUGGAUUGCUCGGUGGUUUAAAAACUGAUAAAAAUCACCUCGGCCGUGGUUACGGAUCGCUCGUGACAAGAGCCCUAUCGAAAAUGAUUGCCGAAUUAGGGGACGACAUCUAUUCGGCAGUUUUUUUGGAUAACACACCAUCACAUUCUCUAUUUAAAAAGCUUGGCUUCAAGCCGAUCGGAGAAGUCUAUUUCGUAGCAACCAAAAUAAAUUGGACUUUGGCGCAUGAAUAAUGCAACUUAAAUCUUACAAAAAGAAUUUUCUUUAUUCAAUUUCCAACCAUUUGACCAUUUUUGCUUUUUAUAAGUAAAACUAAUAAUUCGAUUUAUUUGAAAAAAAAAAAAUUAGUAAAUGUAGAUUCCACCACAAAAAAAGCAUCAUCCUGUUCGUCAUUUGUGUUCGAAUUGUUCAUCAAAAACGGUAUGAAUGCGAUCGAUCAUAUCGCUGGCAGUCAUACUUCGUCCUUUUUCUUCAAAUGUAAUUGUAUUUAAUGCUUUAACAAAGUGGCUGGCUCCAACUGAAGCAACUUUAGCCGCUUCACUGCUAUCACUGUCGUCGUGGAAAUGAUAAAAAAUAGAAUUAAAAUUACGAGGAUCAAAAAUGUAAAAUUUAAAUGUUAUUACCCGGGCAUCGUGCGAAGUGCCCAUGCGUAAAAAACAGCUGUGCAUCCAGAAAGAAUAUCACCUUGACCACCACACCGUCGUGCUUUGCCACCUUCAACAUUGACUACAUUGCUGGUUUUAUUAACACCACUGUAGAUGUUAUCGACGAAACCUUUCUUUAAAAUUGAAACUGAUGGCCCAAGUGCGUCGAUUUUUUUUAUCUGAGAAUCAGAACCAUCAUCGCCAAAUAUGCGCGUGAAUUCGACAACAUUUGGUGUAAGAAUUGCGCCCGGAUAAUUAACAAUCAAUGAAAGAUCUUGUGAAAGUAAAAACAAUCCAUCAGCAUCGAUGACAAGUGGUUUUUUUAGUUCACGACACACGGAGAACAAUUGUCGAAUAGUUGCAAAAACUUUUGGAUCACGUCCCAAACCUGGACCAAUCACAAGUACAUGCAAUCGAUCAAGCCAUGGUUUAAUCAAAUCGAUUGAAUGGUUUGGAUCAUCUAAAACUGGAUGCACCAUCAACUCAGGACUGUAGGAUUUUAUUGGAAUGGCUGCAUCAUGGCUACAAAAAAUAUGCACAAUAUCAGCACCCAAUUUCAACGCACUAAUUCCCGCAAAAUAUGGUGCCCCCGUAUACUCAAAUGAACCACCAACAACACCAAUUCGACCCGCUUGACCUUUAUGCAUAUCAUUGGUUAGCAAAGGAACGCACUGGCGCGCUUUUGUCAAAUAUAAAUUACUAUUCGACAUAUUUGCAAAACUAAAACUUUGUUUGGCAAAAGAAAUGAUUGAAACAGCUCGGACAACGAAUGAAAUAAACAUCUAGGGUUUAUUUACAUCAGAUUCACGAUAACAAAAUUAACAAUGGCGUUGAAACUUUAUAAAAAAACAA